UCCUUUCAAAGCUGCGAUCGACUUCAUCAAACAGUUGAUGAAAAAUUUCGAAAUCUCACCAAAGGCAACCCAUGUCGGGUUAAUCCUUUACAGUUGCAAUGCUACAGUAGAAUUCAGCAUGUCUGACAGUGCGUAUUAUUCUUAUCAGAAACUGGCGGCAAGACUGGAUGAAAUCAAGUAUCCGCAAGGAAAAGCAUUCACAGGCUCUAGAGAUGGCGUCCAACGAACUUUUUACCACUGCUGGUGGAGACAGAUCUGACAAGCCGAAUGUGUUGCUUGUCUUGACUGAUGGGAAUACGAACUCCGACAGCAAACUAAACAGUGUGGUGCUGGCCCCACUCAAGCAAAAGAACGUUCGCGUCAUCGCUGUUGCUAUUGGCAAUCAAAUCAACGAUAAUGAGCUGCUGACCAUUGCCUCGGGAGAUCCCGACUACGUAGAGGACGUCAGUAGCCCCUAUUCUGUCUACCUCAAGCUCGCAGAGAUUCUCCAGCGUUCCUGCAAAGACUAAAAUACCCCGCCUUGAAAACAUAACCAUGGACACUAGCAAAGCAUUGGAUUAA